AUGGUGGCCCGGGAGGGGGUUCCAGGGGGGCCCGGGAGGGUGGGCCCGGGAGGGUUCCCGAGGGUGGGCCCGGGAGGGUGGCCCGGGGGGUGGGUUCGGGAGGGUCUCCGAGGGUCCCGAGGAGGAGGAGGGAGGGGGAGGGAGAGAGGGGGAAGGAGGGAUGGAGGGAGGACGGCCACGAAAGGGAGUGCCCACGCCGGGGGGGUCCGGGGGCCGCGAUCCCGUCGCGCGAUCCGGCUCGCGAUUCGAUUCGACUGCAGGGUCGCGAUCCGGUCCGCGGUUCGAUUCCGCGAGGUCGCGAUCCGGUUCCCGGUUCGAUUCGCCUGCGGUUCGCAGCGAUCCGGUUCCAGGCGAUGCGAUUACGAUUUCCCGACGGGGGCGCGCUGCCCUCCCCUGCCCGGCCUGCAGGAGCUGCGCCUGGGCGGCAACCGCAUCGGCGACGAGGGCGCGCGGGCCCUGGCGGGGGCGCUGCCCUCCCUGCCCGGCCUGCAGGAGCUGCGCCUGGGCGACAACCGCAUCGGCGACGAGGGCGCGCGGGCCCUGGCGGGGGCGCUGCCCUCCCUGCCCGGCCUGCAGGAGCUGAACCUGUUCAACAACAGCAUCGGCGACGAGGGCGCGCGGGCCCUGGCGGGGGCGCUGCCCUCCCUGCCCAGCCUGCAGAAGCUGAACCUGUUCAACAACCGCAUCGGCGCCGAGGGCGCGCGGGCCCUGGCGGGGGCGCUGCCCUCCCUGCCCGGCCUGCAGGAGCUGUGGCUGGGCGCUGCCCUCCCUGCCCAGCCUGCAGAAGCUGAACCUGGGCGACAACAGCAUCGGCGCCGAGGGCGCGCGGGCCCUGGCGGGGGCGCUGCCCUCCCUGCCCGGCCUGGCGCGCGGGCCCUGGCGGGGGCGCUGCCCUCCCUGCCCGGCCUGCAGGAGCUGCGCCUGGGCGGCAACAGAGGUCCGCACGAGAUUCGAUCCGGGUCGGUUCGAUUCGGCGAGUCGCCUCGCCGCGAGUGCCGAUUCGAUGCUGGAGGCCCCCUGCCACGAUCCCGUUCGCGAUUCGAUUCGGUUGCCGAGCGAUUCGAUUGCCAUCCGGUGCAGAGCGGGCGACGAUCCAGUUCGCGAUUCGAUUUGGAUCCCGCGGAGCAGACGCCUGCUUGCUGCGCGAGAGGCCGCCAGGCUAAAGAACAAGAGGUGGAAGGGGAGGAGGUGGACAGCGAGCUGUCCGGACCGGGAGGUGGCCCGGGAGGGUGGCCCGGGAAGGUGGCCUGGAGGGUCGCCGAGGGCGUGGCCCAG